UUCUCUUUGCUCCUCUGUAUAUUGGUAUUUGAUUCCUCUAAAAAACAAGUUUUAAACUCUUUAUAAGAGUUUAAAAAAAAAAAGUAUUUUUAAAACUUUUCUUACGUUUUUCGUGAACUCGGAUACUACCACACACAUUAAUAACUUCGUUGUGGAGUCCGUUCCGAAUAACAACCAAACUCAAAAUAUUUUAAAUAUUUAUAUGUACGAAGAAUCUUUCAACAACUUACCUUCCAUUGAACUAAUGCAUUACACUUCUACUCAAACAUCUACUGAUAACACCAGCACUAUUAACCCUGAUUAUAUAAAUAAUUUGGAUUUUAAUAUUUAUUCUCAACCUUCUACUUUAACUACUGAUUUUACUGAAAAUGAACUAUUCAACUCUCUCUCUCAGAUUGGCCCGCGAGCCUCACUUGUAAAUCAUCAAGAAGCAGAGAUUGACGUCACUAAUAAUUAUUCUGAAGAUACCCCUCUAAAUAAUCACUCUAAUCACAUUGUAGAAAAUCAUUUCCAUUACACAACUCAAGACCAAUCAAAUUUCACUACAACUUCGCCACACGGAUACUCCGAAAAUAACAUUACAACUCCAUUAUUGGAACCUUAUAACAACGGAGCUUUCUCCGUUCAUUCUACACCACUUCUUCAAGACAGUAACCAACUCUUAUUUUCUCCUUUAAUAAAUACUUCUCCUGCCGCUCAUAGCGACUUGUUAUUGUUUGACGAUAUUGGUUCAACACCAACUUGUUCCGAUUUUGGAACUCCUUAUACAACUUCGGUUCCUUUAAUUACUCCAAAUACUCCUUAUAUCAAUACUCCUUACGUCACUAGUAGUCCUUUUUCUGUUGCUUCUUCAACUAUAAACACACCUUUUUUUCAAACUACUUCUUUAUUAGAUACCCCUAAUCUCGUUAGCGCUGACCCUGAUUUAUACGACGAUAGUAGUAGGGGUUCUUGGUUUAGUUUAUUUGAUCCUAUAAAAACUUAUAAAACUCCUUACGAUUAUAACCGUAUUAAUCAACCUUUUCAUUCGUUAAAUAUGGAGUCUCUUACUCUUAAUAAUAAUAUUGAUAUUAUUGAUAAGAAAGUUGAACAAGAAAGUCCAAAGAGUGACGUUUCAACUCCUAUUCAUUCUGAAAAGAACAAUGAGUCCAUUGUUGAUAACUCUUUAAAUGUUUCGGUUGUUGAUACUGUUGAGACUUCUAAAAUCAUUGAAGCUAACUCUGGAAUUAUUGAGACUAUUAAAACUGAAGCUUUAAAUGCGACUGAUUCAAAUCCUACCACUCCAGUAGAUAAUUCAAAAUUGGUUCCAAUUAGACCUCGUCCUCAAGAUGAUGAUGAUUCUGGUGAAAAUGAUUCAACAAGAAGGAGCAAACGUCAACGAACAAUGAGCGUUUCUGAAGAAAAUGAAGAUGAAAAUGACGAUGAAAGCGAAAAGAAAUACAAUUGUCCUGAAUGUGGUAGAGGCUUCAAUCGAAAGUUCAAUAUGCAAACUCAUAGGUCAACUCAUGAUCCUAAUCGUGUGAAACCUUUUGCUUGUGAACAUCCUAAUUGUGGUUCAAGGUUCACUCGAAAACACGAUUUAAAACGUCAUAUAAACGGCAUUCAUAAAGGUGAAAAAGUUCAUGAAUGUAACGUAUGUAGAAAACCUUUCUCUCGCAAAGACGCAUGGAAAAGACACAUCGCUACUUGUGGCAAGAUGUAAGAAGUGUUGAAAGUAUUGGUUAUUAAUUCUUUAAAAACAAAAAAAAAAAAGAACACCUCCCCUUUUAGUGGACAAAAACAAUCUUG